AUGGGACUCGCCGGCGCUGCGAUAGAUACCAAGGUUGCCAGCUUUGCGCACAUCCAAAAUGGCGCCAACAAGUAUUGGUGGCUUGAUCCGGGUCUCAGAUGGAAUGUCAUUCAUUGUAUAGGACUCUGUGGCACCCUAUUUUUCAACGGAUAUGAUGGCAGUCUCUUGAACGGCUUGCAGAGUAUCGAUGCUUGGCAGGAAUACUUCAACCACCCAUCGAGCAAUACUCUUGGCUUGAUGACUUCGGCUGCCUACUUCCCCGGCUUGGUAUCGAGCUUCCUGGCAGACUUUGCUGCUCAACGCUACGGUAAACGGCUUGUUGUCUGGAUCUGUUCCGCUUUCGCCAUUGCCGGUGCUCUGCUCAUCUCACUUUCGACACAUUCGUCCAUGUUCAUCGGAGGCCGAGCUCUUCUCGGCUUCGGUGUUCAGGGCUCUCUGGUGGUGGCCGCACCCCUGCUUCAAGAGAUUGCACAUCCACGUUACCGGGCGAAGAUGGGGGCUUUCUACAUGGCCGCAUGGUACAUUGCCUCCCUACUUUCUGCUAUCAUCUGCCGCGGCUGUCUCAAUCUUUCUGGAAAUAAAGCUUGGCGCAUUCCUUGCUUCUUUAUGAUCGUGGGUCCUGCAUUCACAAUCCUGGCCACUUUGAACAUGAUGGAAUCUCCGAGGUGGCUCGUGAAAAGGGAUGAGGUUGACAAGGCCCGAACCGUGCUCGCCAGGUACCACGCCAAUGGCAAUGUGGAUGAUCCGCUGGUCCUGUACGAAAUGCGCGAAAUCCAAGAAGCCCUUCGAGAGGAAGUAAUCCAUGCGCAGAUCAGCUACUUGGAUUUCCUCCGGACCAAGGCCAACCGUCACCGAAUCUUGAUUGUCAUCGUCACGGCAAUUGGAACCGCUUGGGCUGGAAACAGCAUCAUUUCCUUCUAUCUGAGCCCGAUUCUGGACAGUCUCGGCAUCAAGGAAACGGCACAACAGUUGGACAUUCUCAUUGGCAUGAACGCCUGGAACUUUGUUGUCAGCGUGUUGGCUUCGCUGGCUGUCGACAGGGCUGGCCGCCGACCCUUGUGGCUGAGUUCGACCGCUGGCUGCUUUGUGUGUAUGGUUAUUGUCAUGGGUCUCUCCGCAGGAUACGCAGAGUUUGGGUUGUUGAGUGCCGGAACCGCGACGAUUCCAUUCCUCUUCAUCUUCUUCGGCUUCUACGACCUGGCGUGGACCGUGUUGUCCUACUCUUAUCCUGUCGAGAUUCUUACGUUCUCCAUGAGGACAAAGGGUCAAGCUAUCUUUGUCUGGACUCAGACUGCUGCGUUGGCUAUCACCACCUGGGCCAACCCUGUCGCACUGACUUCUCUGCAUUGGAAAUACUACUCCGUUUUCAUUGCCAUCUUGUUCGUCAUCUUCGUCAUCAUCUAUUUCUUCUAUCCAGAGACGAGGAACUUGACCAUCGAAGAAAUCGCCGUUGUGUUCGACGGCGACGAGGCCUUGAAGAUCAUCGAUGUGACCCGAGAGGGGAAGGAAACAGAGCUUCAAAUGCAAAUCAGUCAUAUCGAGUGAGGAGAUGCCGGGUUGUUUCGGGGCGCCAGGUGAGGAAUAAAGUUGUGUAUAGAAAAAGACGAGGGCACCGAGGUCCGCGUCAUGUUUCUGUGUCUCCCUGUGCUUGCCAGUUCUUGUUUCUACCGUCAACGAAAGACAUUGGACCGGGAAUGAGAUGACGAAGGACCUCU